CUUUAAUAAAAGCUGCGAAAAUAAGUUCGCGAAAUAACACUUUAUGACUGAAGUAUUGACAUUUAAAGAAGGUAGUUAUUUAAUUCAACAGCUAGAAAAAUGAAGGUCAUGUACGUGUACAAACAGUUAGUCGUUUUUUCCUGCGUAGAACACAUUUUGCAUUUCGCGUGCGAGUUAAUCAAGCUUAUUUAACUUACCUCACUUCUGCUACAGCGUAUCAGAAAUACGAUUGCAUUUUUAAUAAGCAAAUCUCUUGAUUAUCUUUGAAGGUUAUGCUUUACUCUUGUUUAGAAUCUGUUCAUUUUCUAAAAAAUGAAGUAAGUAGUUCUGAAUUAUGAAUAAUAAAACUUAGGGGUUUACUAUGGGCAACGGCGGAAGUGGCGGUAGCGGUGGCGGCGGUGGAGGCGGUGGAGGCGGCGGUGUUGGAAUGUUUGGAGGAGGAUCCGGUGGGGGCGGCGGCAGUGGGGCGUGGCCGACGGACCGGCAGCGUCCCGACUCACUCCCGGUUACGUCAUUUUCGGUGACGUCUGUUGGAGUUAGGGAGUCUGACUGUACUACGCUAGGUGCGAACGCAGAUUGUAUGUGUUUUGCGUAUACAAUGGUUUCCCCUGGCAACCGUUGAAAAAAACUAUCCUACAUAGCAACGGUGUUUUGCAGAUGUCAUGGUUACUUCCACGCGUGAAUGAAUUGUAUGCAUUCGUUUUUUUUUGUUUGAAUGUGUGCCUGGUUAUUCCGAACUGUAUGUUGUAUAUACGAUCAGAUUUGCAUCGAUCUGAAAAAAUAUUUGUGUUAAAUACAAUUAUUAUUAAACGCUUACUUACUUUGUUUAAAUUAUCAUCAUUUAUCAGCAUCAUUUUACUAUCAUCAUUUUGUCAUUAAAUAAAAAUGAAACAAGA